AUGGCAGACUCGACACAAAGGUUCCAAGUUAUCAUUGCUGGCGGUAGCCUGGUAGGCCUGACCACAGCACUGGCUUUGGAAAAGGCUGGGAUCUCGUACGUCCUGUUGGAGAAGCGUGAAAUCGCUCCGCAUUUGGGAGCGUCCAUCUCCAUUCACCCGCAUACCCAGCGGGUGAUGGAGCAGCUGGGGGUGUGGCCUGAAAUCGAGGCAGGCGUACUGCCUCUUCAGGACAGGCAACACUAUGACGAGAACGGCGUCAUGUUUGAGGAUUCUUCGAUAUUGCAGGAGAUAUCUAGGCUGUGUCACAACCGGUGUACAGCAUUCAUGGAACGUAAGUUCUGGAUCGGCUGUAUCUAUAACACCAUCAAGGACAAGUCUCGCAUUCGCGCCAACUCCGGAGUGGCCUCAUUCGUCGAGUCCGCUGAAGGCGUAGAAGUGACGACGGAGAGCGGCGAGACACUCAGAGGAGACAUCCUCCUGGGCGCUGACGGCGUCCAUAGCCAUGUCCGAAGUCUCCUAGCAGAAAAGGUCGGCGGCACUGAUGCCGCUGCCGCGCAGAAGAUGCGGGAGUGCUAUGUCAGCACCUAUCACGCCAUCUUUGCCACCUCGAGGAAUGUCACCGCGAAGGGAGGCCUGUUUCUUCCGGAGCGUAUGGUGCACAACGUCUACUACCCCGGCUUCUCUGGCGUUGCUGCUGCCGGUGUUCGCGAUCUCGUGUUCUGGUUUCUAUUCGUCAAAAGCGACCAAGUCACCAAGACACCGAACACACCGCGCUUCACCGAGGAGCAGACACUGGCCACAAUCAAGCGAUACGGAGACCGCAACCUAGGCCCCGGAUACACCUUCAAGGACCUGUGGGACACCCGGGUCAAAGCGAACAUGGUGGCGCUCGAAGAGGGAGUGCUCCAGACGAAAUGGAAUUCCGGCGGCAGGGUUGCCCUGCUGGGGGAUGCGGUGCACAAGGCAACAGUCAACCCGGGACUGGGGGGCAAUCUCGCCGUGGAGGGCGUCGUGCACCUCAUGAACGAGCUCGUGCCCCUCCUGCGCAGAUGCGAGGCGGACGGCAUGCGAAAACCGACCACCGCCGAGCUGGCAGCCACGUUCGACGAGUACGAGAAGAAACAGCGGCCGCAUGCCGACCUCAUCGUGAAUGCCUCUGGCUACAUCACGCGCUACGAGGCCAUGGACACAUGGUGGCUCAACGCCCUCCGCCGUGUCUCCCCUUGGGUCACUGUAACCAUAUUCAAUGGCAUUGGGCUGGCUGUCGUACACUACGGUGUUGGGAAACAUAUUCAACAUGUUUCGCAAGAGGAUCUGGCGAUCUGGUUCUUGUUAUACUACAUCUGCAUAUGCAUGUAUUUGUUCGUCUCCCUGGCCGUCAAGUCUAGCAUUCUUCUGUUACUGCGACGAGUGUUUCCAACACCGUACAUCCAACACACGACGCUCGGCCUGAUCAUAUUCUUGGUGCUCUUUACGAUAUCAGGCUCACUCGUUGCGGCGUUCCAGUGCACUCCACCCAAGUAUGCGUUUCAACUGGAGUUCCUCAUGUCGCCCGACAGGGCGAAUCACUGCUUCUCCACGGAUGUUACCUAUGGAAUCUUCAUGUACCAGGCCGCCACGCUUUUCGCCUGUGACAUCAUCAUCUUCCUCCUUCCAUUCCCUGCGUUGUUGAAACUCCACAUCAACUCUACCAAGAAGACGGCGCUUCUGUUGGUCUUUGGCAGCGGCUUGGUAGCCUGCAUUGCGCCCGCCAUCAGGUUCGAAAGCAUACAGUUCUACAAGUCUGGAUCCUCAGACACAACCUACGCGGGUGCGGCAUCCUUGUAUUGGAUGGCUAUCGAGUACAACCUCGGCCUGGUGGCCGCGUCAUUACCGGGACUGCGGCCUCUGGUCGCCAAAGUCAUCAGUACGCUGGCAUCCAGCAAAGGUAGCUCAGCCUACAACAACAAUCAAUUCUCGCCAUCUUAUCAACUCGACAACUGCGACAACAAACCCUGGAACUCUUCCGAGCGCAGCGGGACCAAAAGAAGUAGACAUGUUCAAGGGGACAGCAUCCUCGAACCCACGGUGUUGGGCGACCGCACUUCUGAUGACAGCGGGCGCCAGCACAUACUCAAGACCCAGAGCGUUAGCAUUACUACGAAGGAAUCGGGGGAUGCUGCUUCGCUCGAGAACGGACAUCAGCCCUGGCAAGACUUUGACCGGAAGAAAUAA